AUGACAAAAACAAAUGCAAUCAACGAGUUAUUCAUACCUUUACAUGUAAAAUAUAUUCAAUCACUUGAUACUAGAAAAGACGACUUGGAAUAUUGGCUUACGGAACAUUUACGUUUAAACGGACUUUAUUGGGGAUUAACAGCUCUCGAUUUAAUGAACCACAUGGAUGCUUUGCCAAGAAACGAUGUCAUUAGCUUUGUUCAAAGUCUUCAACAUGAUAAUGGUGGAUUCGGUGGUAAUAAACACCACGACCCACACAUUACGCAUACCUUAUCUGCGGUCCAAAUAUUAAUUACUUUGGAUGCGAUUGACUCUAUUCAAGUAGACAAAGUAGUUGAAUACAUUCAAGGUUUACAAAACCCAGAUGGUUCAUUUCGUGGAGAUGAAUGGGGUGAAGUCGAUAGUCGAUUUUCAUAUAUUGCUUUAAACUGUUUAUCACUUUUAAAACGACUUGAUGCUAUUGAUGUCGAAAAGACAGUUGAAUGGAUAUUACAAUGUAAGAAUUAUGAUGGCGGAUUUGGUAGUAGACCUGGAGCAGAAUCACAUGCAGGUCAAAUCUUUUGUUGCGUUGCUGCAUUAGCUAUUACAGAUGCACUUCAUCACGUAGAUUGUGAUUUAUUAAGUUGGUGGUUAUGUGAAAGACAAUUAAAGAAUGGGGGUUUAAACGGUAGACCCCAAAAACUAGAAGAUGUGUGUUAUUCUUGGUGGGUUUUAUCCUCGUUAUCGAUAUUAGGGAAUGUAGAUUGGAUUGAUAAAGAAAAAUUAUCCAACUUUAUCUUAUCAGCACAAGAUCCUGAACAUGGAGGUAUAUCAGAUCGACCUGGAGAUAUGGUAGACGUAUUUCAUACUCUAUUCGGUAUAGCAGGUUUAUCCUUGUUAGGCUAUCCUGGUUUAAAGGCUGUAGAUCCAGUUUAUUGUAUGCCAAAACAUGUUAUAUCUCGUCUUGAACUUCCACAAAGAUAUCAGCAAUAA